CCGGUGUCGGCGCUCUCUCUCUCGCUCUCAGGCUGGUGUCGGCGCUCCAUUGGUUCUGUCUGGUUUCCUGAGCAACAAGGAGACGCUCAAUGGCGGCGUCCGUGCACAGGGGAGAUCGGGGGAACAUGGAGGACAAGACUCAGGCCAUCAAUGCAGCGUCUAAGAAUUCUUCACUGAUAAGACCCUCUCCGUAUAUGAAGAGAAGCGUUUUACCCCCAGCCACCAACCAGACCCCACCCAGCAGGCUGUCCGCACCUACACCCAGAGUGCGCAAAGCAAAGACCCCAGCAAAAUCUUCCUCCACUGCCUGCACCAGUGCGCCCGCAGCUGGCACCCGGACAUUGUCAGGAGGAGCGCCGGCAGCUUGCACCCGGACACUGUCAGGAGGAGCGCCGGCAGCUGGCAACCGGACACUGUCAGGAGGAGCGCCCACAGCUGGCACCCGGACACUGUCAGGAGGAGCGCCCGCAGCUGGCACCCGGACACUGUCAGGAGGAGCGCCCGCAGCUGGCACCCGGACAUUGUCAGGAGGAGCGCCGGCAGCUGGCACCCGGACACCGAGGAGCGCCCGCAGCUGA